CUCACCUGUGUGAAGCCCCGCCCACUGGCAAGCCUACCGCCUAACAGUGCUGCAUUCUAUAUAGUCUCCAAACGUGUCUUGAGGUUUAUUCGGAUAUCAACAUAAAGAUCAGAUGCCUCGGUGACCAGAUGCUAUCUGAAACGUUUUGAUGUCCAGGUUGUGUUGCAGGUCUUUGUUUAGACUGAAAUGGAGAAGAAAGACUUGAAUACGUGGCCCGAGGGUGCUCCACGGCCAGCUUACCUCUCCACUUGCAAAUGUAUGACUUUAGCUGCCAUUCUGAUUCUUCUCAUCAUCGGGGCUGUUGUAGGAUUUAUGACAGCUUAUUUAAUACAAGAGGAACAUUAUUUCAUGGAAACAGUGGAAUUGGAGGGUCUCAGUUAUGAUCCAGUUCUGCGAGAUAAAACAUCAGGUUUCUAUGUGGUUCUGACUGCGACUCUGAAAGAAAAGAUCAGGAAUAUCUUUAGAGCCUCUGCAGUGGCAAAACACUUCACAGACUGCCAGAUAGUUGCAUAUGGGAAUGCCAACACAAAUGUUUUGACCACUCUACGUUUGGUCUUCCGGAUCUCUCAAGUCCAGGGGUAUACAGAGAGUUUUGUUCAAGACCUCCUCCGCUCUGGAUUGAAGGCCAUGUUGAAUGGGAAACCCAUUGUUAUCCCACAAUAUGGAGAGAUCACUAGCAUCGUCCUUCUUGGAGCAAGUGGAAAGUCAUUCUAUUCGAUUGGGAAUGACAUAAGUAAAUGUCCUGAGAACACAUUUACUUGUGACAAUGGCGAGUGCAUCACAAAAACAAAUCCAGAAUGUGACUAUAUCACCGACUGUGUUGAUGGUUCAGAUGAAGCCUUUUGCUCCUGUGGAACACGUCCAGCCAUGGGUAACCGUGUUGUGGGUGGUGAAAAUGCCCGUCACGGGGAGUUACCCUGGCAAGUCAGUUUGAGGCUACGCGGCCGUCAUACCUGUGGUGCAUCCAUCGUCAACAAUCGUUGGCUCGUCAGCGCUGCCCACUGUUUUGAAAUAGAAAACAACCCAAAAGAUUGGACGGCUCUUGUGGGAGCCAAUCUAGUCAGUGGGGAGGAGGGCGAAGCCACCAUAAAAAACAUCAAGUCCCUGAUUGUCUCUCCGAAGUACAAUCCCAUGACCACUGACAGUGAUGUAACUGUGCUGGAGUUGGAAACACCACUGACGUUCAGCUCUCAUGUUCAGCCAAUCUGUAUCCCAGCGUCCUCUCAUAUUUUCAGUCCUGGGCAGAACUGCAUCGUCUCUGGCUGGGGAGCUCUUAAUCAGUACACAAGUGAGGUGCCUUCAACAUUACAGAAGGCAAUCGUGAAGAUCAUUGACUCAAAUGUAUGCAACAAGUCAUCUGUAUACAGAGGUGCACUUACCCAAAAUAUGAUGUGUGCUGGAUUUCUUCAAGGGAAGGUGGACUCUUGUCAGGGAGAUUCCGGAGGCCCUCUGGUAUGUGAGGUGUCCCCGGGACGCUUCUUCCUGGCUGGCGUGGUGAGCUGGGGAGUGGGAUGUGCACAGAUUAACAAGCCUGGAGUCUAUUCCCACGUUACCAAACUCCGCAACUGGAUUCUGAGCUACACCAAUACUGCACCAACUGCCCAGAUCACCACAACUGUCCCUAGCAUCACAAACACUACGGUUUACCCUGCUAAAGUUAUGAGCCCAUCCUCUCAGCAAGUCAGUAAUGACUAUUACCCUGCUACUGGGAACUGCAGUGGUAAUUAUAACUGUGGCGGAGACAUGUGCAUCAGCAAGACAAACCCAGAGUGUGACAGAGUCGCUGACUGCCCCAAUGAGGCUGACGAGAAGAACUGUGACUGUGGGAAUCGUCCAGUUAUGGGCCAGGAGAGGAUUAUUGGUGGUGUCACUGCCUAUAGAGGUGAAUGGCCAUGGGUGGGCAGUCUGCAGUACCAACGCACUCACCGCUGUGGAGCUACUCUUAUCCACUGCAAAUGGCUCCUGACUGCAGCUCACUGCUUCAGAAGUGAUCUGAACCCUGCCAGCUGGACGGUAAGUCUUGGCUCGGUCAUUUGGUCUGGAGUGGGUGCUUUGGCGAUUCCAGUGCAAAAGAUCAUCCCUCAUCCUGCUUUCAAUGGCAGCACCAUGGACUUCGAUGUGGCCCUGGUAGAACUCUCCAUCCCUGCCCCAAAGUCCUACACCAUCCAGACCGUGUGUUUGCCUUCUCCCUGGCAUAGCUUCAUCAAAAAUAUGGAAUGCUACAUCAUUGGAUGGGGUGCUAUGAGGGAGGACGGUAUGAUAACCAAUCUGCUGCAAAAAGCACAGGUUAAUGUCAUUGAGAAGUUGGACUGCCAGCAAGCUUACGGUGCUGAACUUACCAACAACAUGAUGUGUGCUGGCUCAAUGGAAGGAGACAAGGACACAUGUCUGGGAGACUCAGGGGGCCCUCUGGUGUGCCGCGAACCCCAGGGCCGGUGGUUUCUGGCUGGGGUGACCAGCUGGGGUCACGGCUGUGGUCGACUUGGCUUCCCAGGAGUUUACAUGCAGGUCACGGCUGUCAGAGAAUGGAUAUCUAUAUACCUCCCUUUUUAAAAAUAUCCUCCACCAUCUUUCUCACAAGUGAUGUGCAGUCUAACCUCUUAAAUGAAAUAAAUAGGGGUGUAACGGUUGACAAUUUACAGUUUGGUUCAGUACGUUUUUUGAUACAGCAAAAAGAUAAUGCCAGAGAAAUUUUAUUUGUUACUGUGAUUUGUUUUGCCCGGUUUAAAAUAGCUGUAAAUGCCUGUCUGCGGGAAUGGUUUGUAGAGUGUGUGUAUCUCCUUGUUUUCGUCUAGCUUCAUAAUUCCGAUAUCGACAGGAACAAUAUUUUUUAAAAAGCCUCAGAUUGCCCACAACAGAUGUCUGUACCGACAAACUUCUGAAAAAUUAAUUUGCCAAGUCUAUGCAACCUCCUCUUAUAAAACUAUAUAUUUAAUAGGGAGAAAAACUACACAAAUAAAUGAAUGUUUGGAUUUAGCCUUAAUAAAAAUAA